AUGUUGUUAUUUUAUUAUAACAGCAAUCCCUUAUCAGCACUUACUCGACAACGAAAGGGGGAACAUUGCGCCUUAACCAUAGGCUUAGUGGUGGUAAUGAAUUACCAAGUUAAAUGCAUUUUUCCACAGGGAAAUGAUGUGGGGGCUCAAUACCGGUCUGGAAUAUACUACUACAAUGAGAUUCAGGCUCAGUUGGCACGUGAAUCACUGGAAGCAAAGCAGAAUGAAUUCCCGAAUAAGAGGAUUGUCACUGAAAUUCUUCCUGCAAAGAAAUUUUAUCGAGCAGAAGAGUACCACCAGCAAUACCUGGAGAAGGGUGGAGGCCAAGGUCUGAAACAGUCAGCUGCUAAAGGGUGCACUGACCCAAUCAGAUGCUACGGUUAAUGCAACAAGCUGGCAAGGUCACCCCAUUCCUAUGUUCUUCCAUGAAAUAUGCCUAGUUUAUGGUCUUUUUUAAUUCUGUAUAUCGUGAUAUGAGAAUUAUGCUUUGAAAAUUUAAUGUUUUGUGUCUGUCCUACAUUUUAUGUUUAUGCUGAUGGUGUAAGUGCUGAUAGUCAGCGUAAAAGAUUGUGGUAAUGAAUGUAUGCUGGAAACAUACAGAGGGGUUAUAUGAAUAAAUUGUUGCAUUGACAACUA